AUGACAAUCUCAGCGACAACAAACAUGGAUCACAACAGAAAGACCGCCUGGUCUGGAAAAGUUCUGAUCCCAAUGUGGACGAUCCAGAUCUUGCUGAUUCUAGUGACUAUCAUCGGCUACAUCUGGUUCCUGGCAACAUACAACCGCCUCGACUGGGCUUACUACUACUCCGACACAGUCAACAAAAUACAUGGCACCAACACUUUCGCGUUCAUCUCGGGCGUCAUCUUCCUUAUACUGUGGUUUAUCGCACUGUUCAUGAUCAUCUUCCAGAUCGUCAGGUUCCACAAGAAGAACCUGCCUGCCAAAACGAUGCUCACGAUGCAAAUCAUCCUCAGUGUUUUCGCGACAAUCGCUCUGAUAAUCGAAGUCAUGGGUUUACUCUUCGUUGUCAUGGGUGGCGUCAAAAACUUGUUGGACUUCUUUGGAACAAUUAUUGCCACAGCAUUCCUCUACGGAACUUUGAUCUACACCAGUGUCAUCUUCCACAGACGCAAGCUGGCAAAGAAGGAUUCGCGCAACUCCUAUGGCAUGACAGAUUACGACGAAGAAGCUGAUCAGGACAAGCAUCAAUACAAGAUUGGACAGCCCAAUUAA